CGCGACACGACGAUACUCUUAGACAGCACGAAGAAGCUAAAAGUAAGACAAAGACAUACCCAUACUCAUUUCAUCAAAUUGAGGGUUGUAUCUUCUAGUAAGUCGUAAGUAAAAAGUUGGAUCCAGGCUACUUCGUUUUCUAUUUUGUUUUUCUUAUUCUUUUUUCCGCGACUCGACCACGACAAUUUAAGAAAAUUCAUGUCAACAUCAUGACCAGGGAGCGUAGAUGGAAGAAUGCGAGAUUCAAUCUAGCGGAGCACCUGCUCCUCCCGUCCAAACUAUGUUGCUAGAGGCCAAAGGUGACGGAGAGAACGGAGAGCAGGCAGCAAAUCCACUUCUUGGGCACCAGCCUUCAUCUACGUCAUCAUGCCGAAAGCAAUCGGGCUGCAGCGACAGCAGUCAGUAUGCCCCGAUCGCCACACUGAUUCAGAGGAGUCAGCAGCGGCAGAAGCAAUUUCGCUGCGUCCUCGAGGAGGUCGGGCACCUGCACAUUAUCCCGUUUCUGCGACCCGUGGAGGUGCGUGCAGUGAUUUGCACUGUUCCCCUGGCGCCGGAAGUGAAGCACUUUCACUACAGAAACUUGAUCGACCGCUUCGACACGAAGGAGCGCACCCGCUGGCUCGUACGGGCAGACAGGAAAAAGCAGAAGCUCGGAGGUCAGCACCCGCAGGCGGAAACCUUCGGAAACGAUCAGGUGGAUGCCUACCAGUACCAAAACAAGCGGCGGAGCGACCUUUUACCGCAGAACGAUGCAAUCCAGCUUGAGACAAGCGGGAAGAAGAAGAAAAAGAAAAAGAAGACCUCCGCGAAGGAUGAAAACGUUGAUGAUGACGUGGAUGAUUCCAAGUCGCGCUUGGGUAACUCUUUCGUCGACUACUACACCCUUUGGAAGUACAGCUGUGAAGUCUGCGGCACACUGACAAAGAGCGAGGUGGCAACUUUCGAUCGUGGGACGCUACGCGUUUGCCCUGAAUGCGCCGGCCGAUACGUCAAACGAACGGAAGUGCGCCGGAAACUCGAGGGGGAGUUGCAGUUGCCUUUGUUCGUCGGUCAUGAUGUUAAUCUUGGAGCUGUGCGAGAAGCCUCUUCGCAGGUAGACGCUGCUUGGAACAUCCCGAACGACGGCGACAACUACAACACAGCCGGGUUGCAAGAAGAUGUUGUGGAUCAUGAAGACAUCCUGUGGAGCAGCGCAAAGAACGGAAAGAAUCGGAGCAGUACUAGAACAGACGCCGGUCUAUUGAUGGCGCUAUGGCGCAUCAUUUUCUUGUCCACAGAAGCCGACUCAUCCGGCACGUCCUCGGAUCGUCGUGUAGGAGCAGCGAGGCAAAAUGAUGAUCCUUCCGCAGAUAAGUUGCCAAUUGUCGUUCUGUCAAAAGUGGCUGCCAAGAUCGAACUGGAACGAAAGGAGUGCGUUCUGCCAGCGGACAUUCUUUCCUUGUGCGACCUUCUGUACCAACCGGAUGACCGGCGCACCCGAAUAGACAUUGAUCACUCGUCGUCGCAGAUGCUGAGCAGUAGAAAAUUGCGGAUGGCAGCUGGUGGACAAGAGACAGAUGUGGAUGCCGAGGACGUAGACUUAUCACCGGGCGGGAUUUCAAAUGCGGGCAGUAGCUGCAGCACGUUCCCCGCUCGACUGGAGGAAGCGACGCAGCGUGACUAUGCCGGCCUGUUGGUGGACAAAAGCCACUGGCAGCGGCUCGAGGCAGCACUUGACCAAAGGGGAAAGCAGCUCUUUGACACGGUCUUCAAGCGACCAGACAUAGUCGUCCCGGUUCUUGCGGAGCGAUGUCUGCGCCGCAUGCCGUUUGUGAACCAACUCGGUCAACAACGUCGAGGACAUAGCAAUGCUGGCACCACGACCAAUCCACACACGCAGCAAAUUUGGGAGUUCUGGCAGGACAUCUUAGUGGAGCAACUGGAUCGGCACUCCCUGAAGCAGGCCAAGCCAGCUUAUCACAACAUCUGCCGACUGUCCGUGGUCGAACAGGUGCAGGAGUUUUUCGCAUCUGCCAUCCAGCGCGCAACUCCGGACGGACUCAGCGCGCAAAGAAGAAUGCGCAGAAAGACGCCAACAGACGCGCUGCUCGACGAGAAUGCCGCGCUGGAAAGCGAGGCCGCGCAGUUGGAGCUUCUUCUGAACGACGAAGUAGAAUCUAAUUCAGAGAACAACGACAACAGUUCCUUUGCGACCUACCACUUUCUGCAGAGCCUAGCAGAUCUGGUGCGGCAGUGGGCGACGUUGCUGUUGUUUAUCAGUGAUGUAGAGGACGUCGCGGCGCACUGCCCCCCACGCAUCGAAAACGUGAUUGCCCGCUCCCAAGCGCUCCUGAAGAAAGCCGACCAGGACCACCUGCAGGCCAUCCCCUUCCCCGGCUUCUGCUACAAGACGAAGAAGAAGCGUGCCAAUGAGAACUACGAAGAUCUGGAGGACCGGUUGCGGCAGCUGGCGCUGAGUCCGUCGUUUCGCUGGGACCUGGUACUCCCUAGUGCGGAGGUCCUCGGCGACGAGAGAACAAACAUGCUCGUGCAGGACCUGGACGAGCAGGAGCAGGAUGUGCGGAAGAGUUUCAGCACGACAAGUGGCAACAAGAAGGACUACAUGAAGCAGCACGUGAUUCAUACGUUGGCGCUGCUGUUCCGGGGGACGCCGCUGCUCUCGUGUCCUGGCCGUGGGACCGUGGCACACACCCUGAAAACCAUCGACGUUCCUCCGCUCGGCGUGUACGACCCCAACCUCGUGACCUCCUCCACCGACCACGAGGCGAUGCGGGUAGCGCGGUAUGCGAAGAUGUUCGCAGGCAACAAAGCGCUGCAAGCUCUGAUGGCGCAGAAUUGCGUGCUGUACACAACAUCGUCAGGCGGAGGAACAACGACGUUGUCCUCUUCUUCACAGUAUCACCAGCACCGCACCCCCGCAAUGAAGAUUGGGGGCAUGACCGUCGUGAACAAUCUUGGCGAACAAGAGGACCAGCGCAUGACGUGCACAGUCGGAGGAGCGACAUCUGUUUUUCCGGUCGGUAGUAGUACCAAUGCAAGUUUCGUCGACCUGGAAAAAAUCCGUACGAACGCGCUGAGAAAAAAUCGGCUAGCGCUGUUUGUGGCGCGUCUAUUUUGGCACGAGUUUGAAAUGCAGAAACUGCUCGAGAAACGACGGCGCACCGUGUUCCUGCACGUGGACUACCAACUGAUUACUACAGCCGAUGGCGUCGGCGCAGCAUCGCUUUUCGACGGCAACAAUCAGAGUGCGAUCGGGCGCAUGGGAAAAAGAAAAAAGGGACCCUAUGACUCUUCAGACGAAGAAGAUGGAGACGGUGACCACUUCAACUCGUCCGGCAGGAAGGGGGCGGGGAUACCGCGCAGCGACAUGAUAGGUGGAUUGUUCGCGGAUGGCGCAGGUACGACAAAAGAAGACGAACGCCAGCAGAGGCUCGCCCAGCUGAAGCACUUGUACCACCGGUUGCAGAUCUCCCCCGUAAAUCAUCAACGCUACCGCCCCAUCUUCUCUCUGCGGUUCGUUUCCGAGGAGAAGAAUCGCGGAAGCGAGAGUAAGAAGAACCACGCCGACGAAGACGGCGGAAAAAGCAGUCGGCGGCAUAUGGCUUCGGAAGAUGCUGAAGACGGGAUGGCCAAUACCUGCCGCGUAAGUGAGACCCCUGCGAGUGCCGAUGUUGCACCAGCCUCCCAGAAAAAUGACGUGGAACCUGGUCCUGCCGAUGAUGAAACUGCCGAGCGGAUCUUAGGUCUCGAGGACGCGGACAUCAGGGAGACGCAGCAAACGCAGGACGAGCCUGCCUACAUUCGCGGAGUUGCCCCAAAUGCUCCCGCGGCUCCUGAUGAGAGUGACCCUUCCAUAAGGGCAAAAAAUUCUGCGGAGGAAACAGGCGCCGCUGGUUGUGAGAACGACCACAGCGAGGAGAUGUUGCCACGCAUGCAGAGAAAGCACCUGCGCGAGCAAAAGGCUCUCGGACGGAAAAGCUGCCCGUGGCUGAAGACCAAGCAGAAGAUCACCCGGGAAACAGAAGGUCCGGAGUUGCAGGACCAGUGCGACGCGAUCCAAGCGGAGUUCGAUGACAACCGUCGCUUCAUUGAAGAACAGCUGGCGAAUGACGACAAAGCAGCCGCAAAACGACGCCACGAGGACGACGAAGAACUGAAGCAAGUGCUGGCUCAGCUUGACACAAUAGCCGAAGAUGUCGAUCUUGUGGCCCACGAGAUCCAAAAUAAAGCUAAUGCCGGUCGUAAUGGCAACGUCGACGUUGUCGUGGGCGAUGGAGCAGCUGGACGAGAAGACAAGCCAGUAGUUGCACUUCAAUCAUCAGCCGCGAAAGAUUUAGAAGCGAAUGUCGACGUCGAAGACGACAAGCAGAAGAUGCACAUGGGCGAGAUGAACCAAAAAGCCUCCAAUUCUGACGAUGCACCACUUGAUCUGGACUCGUUUUUGACUCGAUAUGUCUACAACUCGACGACGAACGCUGCACAUAAUAGCGCACCGGGUCGUACCUCUUGCUCGUCCCAAAUCGCAGGAAAUAACCAGCAGGCCAGAAGUGCCGGCAUUGCCCCCUUGCUGAAACGGAGACGCGUUGUUGUGACAAAAAAGACAAAAGUGGACCGCUCUUCUGCCGAGUUCAAUUCUUUGGAUCUGGUUUCUGCAGAAGUUGAACAGGCGCAUAAUUCUAAGAGCGCAACUGCGAGCCAGAGUACAAUCUCAACCAAAAGGCCUCACUUUCCUCCGUUGACACGGGUCGCAACGUCUACAACCACUGCGCUGUGCCGAAUGACGAAAAGUAAUGGGAGUUGGGCCGGACGCAAGAAACCAAGCGCAGAGCAGUACUUCAACACUGCGAAUGCGAGUGAAGCCAAUUUGCCAUGGCUCUUCGGCGACGACCCGAUGCUAGCUCUGCGCUGGUUCUCUCCGGUCUACCGCAGCGGGGCAGAUGAAGCGUCAGCGGCGAGCGCUUUCGGUGCUGACGGCACGGCAGGAGCCACGAGUUGCGCAAGCGCACUCUUCGGAAACGUAUCGGCAUCUCGUGGGACAGCCGGUCUACUUCAUCCGCCGGCAGCGGGUGGAGCGACCUAUGACGGGGUAAUGCAGCCUGGCUCUCUCACAGCCAUUGGAAGUGCGUUCUUCACUGCUUGCCAGAUGAGCCAAUCCGCAGCCCUCGAACAGGCGAACAACGAGGACAUCACCGCGACUGGUGCGGGUGAUAAUUUUCAUCGCGGUACGUACGACAGGGCGUCUCUCACCCCUGCAGCACUCGACGAGGAUCCUCUGGACCAGGGACGAAAUAUAAACGCUGCCAGCAGCGGAAGCGGUGCAGCAGCUGCCUCCCUGCAGCUGCACAAUUCAUCGGCAAACGGAGGACAUCACAGGAGUGCUGCACUGCCGCGUUUCGGUGCUGGAACUCACACACACGAAGAUGCCGCGUCCGAUCUCACCUUGGAAGCAGGGCGGUACACCGGGAAGCUCGUGGACGUUGUGUGGGACGUCGAUCCGGGCUAUUGCAUGCACCAGUGUUACCAACAGAGGUUUCGAAACCAAUACCCACAGCAGUACGCACGCCUGAGACAGCUCGCCUUCCAAACCCGGGGAAUCCGGUUCUGAAGAUAAAGUCCAACCCCAGCAGGACGACGACGACGACAUCACUGUGGUGCGAUAUGGCAGCUCUUCGUGGAAGAAGAUCCUCCUCGAGUACUUACUAGGGUCCCACGACACGACAUCAAAACUAGGCGAAGUAAAUCUAGAUCCAUUUCUUUUCAACGACGAUGACGACCUUCAUUCCAAAAUUCAAGCUUGUCUAUCAUUCAUAUUCAUUGACGACAAAACAAAACGAAAACCAGAAGAGAUGAAGCAACAUCACGAAUCUUUCCUUAACAUUAACUCCUUCUGUCGGACCGGUCGAAAAUGAAGGAGAAGUCACAGGAAGAAC